UUUCUUAGUGCGAAUAGUACGCCAUUCGGUCACAAAAAAACUGAAUUUGUUUCUUUAUGCAUUUAUUGCUUCUGAUUUCAGUGAAUCUAUACAAAGGAUUGAUCUACCUUUUCUUACAAGAAAUGUAUUCCUUGCAAAUAAUAACAAAUUCAUCAAGAUGGAUUUUCUUUUAUUUUGUCAUUUUGACGGUUUUGCUAUCUCUACAAAUUAGUGAGUCUGCUGGAAACUCACUAAGGAUUCAACCUUUUACAUUUCCGUCUGAAUCAUCCGUUAUUGGCAAGAGGACCAUUGCUGCUUGCACACCUUUAUCUGGCGAAAAAAUGGAUUUCAGGUGGUUAAAAAAUGGUAAAACAUUGACUAAAGGACGAAACAUUGACAUCAGAUCCUUUCCAGACCUAUCCAAUCUUGUUAUAGAUCCACUCACUGAAGAAGAUUCAGGAAAUUACACUUGCAUCGUCAAUGCACGUGGGACAACAGCGAGCUACACUGCAACACUCGAAGUAUUAGGUGAGCUCAUAUAA